AUGGAGAAGCCGUCGCACGUAGCCGAAACCCCGGCAUCCGGGCCAAGCUCGGGCUCAACUUUUCCACCCGUGGUCACUGGUGGAAACAAGGGAGUCGGCCUGGAGGUGUGCCGGCAGCUUGCCGCCCAAGGUGUGACUGUCAUUCUCACAGCGAGGGACGAGAAGAGAGGGAAGGAUGCCGUCGAGUCGAUCUGCCGUGAAUCCAACCUCUCCAACGUUGUCUUCCACCAGCUCGACGUCCGGGAUGACAGCAGUGUCGCCUCUCUAGCGCGACACAUCGAGAGCAGAUAUGGAGAGCUUGACAUCUUGGUUAACAAUGCAGCAGUUGUAGGAGUUGCAGCAGAUGAGGAAGGCCUCAAAGCUCUGAACCUUGAUGCAGAGACAUGGACAUCUGGCAGAGCAGCCACUGUGCUCAAAGACGUGUUCCAGAAUACCUAUGAGGUGGCACGGGACUGUCUCGACACCAAUUACUACGGAUGCAAACGGGUUACAGAAGCCCUUCUUCCUCUACUGAAACUAUCCAAGUCGGGAGCGAAGAUCGUUAACGCCUCCUCCCUUGCGUCAGAGCUGAAGAGAAUGCCGAACGAGGAGCUACGGAAGGACCUGAGCAACAUCGACAUCUGGGACGAGGCGCGGAUCGAGGCGGUGCUCAACACCUUCAUGGAUGACCUGAAGAAUGGACGGCUCGAAGAGGCAGGGUGGCCGGCGAUGCUGCCGGCAUACAGCGUGUCGAAGAUGGUGAUCAACCUCUACACGAGGAUCCUGGCGAGGCGGUACCCAGAGAUGCGCGUCAACUGCGUGCGCCCCGGCUUUGUCAGGACCGACAUCAACUGGAACCUGGGGACCCUGACGCCGGAGCAGGGCGCGAGGGGCCCGGUCAUGCUGGCCCUGCUCCCUCAGGACGGACCGACCGGGUGCUACUUCGAUCAGACGGAGAUGGUGAAUGUCUGGUAG